GCUCGAGUCGAUGAGAAAAGUUCGUUGAAAUUCGUUCAACGAAUUUUUAGCAGGUCUAGAGGGAGCAAUCCCCUGGCGUUAAAGGAAAUUUCAAAGAGUUGCGGGCGAGAGUCCCCGGUGGCGCGCCCGGCUAACAUGAAUCACUCGCCUGCCCCGGACAGGCAGCAAAACGACUCCAAUGUGAACCAGGUCGAGGAGAUGGAGACCCAAGAUGUGGAGACUGUAGAUACAGCUACAGACAAGACUACUUGGGACGACGAGCUUAUGAAAGGACCGAACGGGGAGGUCGUCAUGAGUGACGUCAUGAAGAACCAAGAGACUACAUCUUCAGAUAUGCCUCUUGCUUGUCUCGACACUGAAAUGGAGGACGACGAGGCGAGGUCAGAGGCCACGUUCCGUUUCUCGGUGCAGAACUUUAGAAACCUGAAAGACUCUGUUCUCUCGCCUCCCUGCUAUGUCCGCAACCUGCCUUGGAAGAUCAUGGUGAUGCCGCGGCAAGCGCCGUCGCCGGAUCGCCAGCAACAGAAGUCUCUUGGCUUCUUUCUCCAGUGUAACGGGGAAAGCGAGUCGUCGAGCUGGUCUUGCUACGCCAUGGCCGAGCUAAGGCUCAUCUCCCACAAGCCAGAAACAGAACCGUUCUUCAGGAAGAUCCAGCAUUUGUUCUACAGCAAGGAGAAUGAUUGGGGUUUCUCCCACUUCAUGGCGUGGAACGACGUGUUGGAUCCGGAGAAGGGAUACAUCAAGGAUGACUCCAUAACCCUGGAGGUACACGUCACAGCUGAAGCGCCGCACGGUGUUUCCUGGGAUUCGAAGAAGCACACCGGAUAUGUCGGUCUCAAGAACCAGGGUGCGACUUGUUACAUGAACUCCUUGUUACAAACGCUGUAUUUCACAAAUCAGUUGCGGAAGGCUGUGUACAAGAUGCCCACAGAAUCUGACGACAGCACCAGGUCAGUGGCAUUGGCUCUCCAAAGAGUGUUCUACGAGCUACAGUUUUCGGACAAGCCAGUGGGUACAAAGAAACUCACCAAGAGCUUCGGAUGGGAAACUCUAGAUUCCUUUAUGCAGCAUGACGUUCAGGAAUUUUUGAGGGUUCUCCUAGACAAACUGGAGAGCAAAAUGAAAGGUACCUGCGUUGAGGGCACAGUGCCACGGCUUUUCGAGGGCAAGAUGACCUCUUACAUAAAGUGCAAGAAUGUGAACGUGUCUAGUACGCGAGUGGAGACCUUCUACGAUAUACAGCUGAAUAUCAAGGGAAAGAAAAACAUCGACGAGUCCUUCAAAGACUACAUCAACACGGAGACAUUAGACGGCGAGAACAAGUACGACGCCGGCGAGCACGGCCUGCAGGAGGCCGAGAAGGGCGUCAUAUUCGCGUCGUUCCCGCCCGUCCUGCACCUGCACCUCAUGCGCUUCCAGUACGACCCCAUCACCGACAGCUCCGUCAAGUUCAACGACAGGUUCGAGUUCUACGAGCACAUCAAUCUGGACGCGUACCUGCAGGAGAAGCCGGAGACGCCGGCCGACUACACGCUGCACGCCGUGCUGGUGCAUUCAGGGGACAACCAUGGCGGCCACUAUGUGGUGUUCAUCAACCCCAAGGGAGAUGGCAAGUGGUGCAAGUUCGACGACGACGUGGUUUCCCGCUGCACGAAGCAGGAAGCCAUCGAGUACAACUACGGCGGGCACGACGAGGACAUGGCGCUCACUGUGCGCCACUGCACCAACGCGUACAUGUUGGUCUACAUUAGGGAUUCACAAUUAAAGACGGUAUUACAAGAAGUCACUCAAGCGGAUAUACCCACAGAACUCAGCGAGAGAUUGGCUGAGGAGAAGCGGAUUGAGACGAUCCGACGCAAGGAGCGCAACGAAGCUCACCUGUACAUGAACGUGAAUGUGGUAUUAGAGGAGGCCUUCGACGGGCACCAAGGCAACGACCUGUAUGACCCGGAGAGAGCGCACUACAGGGUGUUCAGAGUCCGCAAGCAAGCGACCGUGGCCGAACUGAUGGAGAUGCUAGCGGAGAACUUCAAAUACCCGCUGAAGCAGCUCCGUCCGUGGCCGUUUAGCGCGCGCUCCAAUCAGUUUGACCCGAAUUUGCAGACGUGCAGACCUACCUGCUUGGACAUCGUGAAUGACCAGCACAAGACGGUAGCAGACGUGUCUGAGAACAUGAACCCGUGGAAUAUCUUCCUGGAAAUGCUCCCCCCGGAUUCGGGACUCACCGCGCUCCCGAACUUUGACAAGGAGAAUGAUGUAGUGUUGUUCUUCAAGUACUACGACCCGAAGCAGAAGCGCAUACACUACUGCGGACAUCACUACCUGCCGAUAGCUAGCAAGCCCGCCGAUCUCAUACCGAUACUCAAUAAACGCGCAGGGUUCCCUCCUGACACACCCCUUGUUCUCUACGAGGAAAUCAAACCAGACUUCGUGGAGAAGAUCAAUAACUACAACGAUCCGCUCGAAAAGCGUGACGGGGCAAACGGAGCGUCGUCCCCUCGGAUUGAGUCGUGUGCACGCGGCCAGGUAUUGGACGAGCUGAUGGACGGCGACAUCAUCGUGUUUGAGAGGGCCGACCACCGCCACGAGGAGCUGGAGUUGCCGACUUGCCAGGACUACUUCAAGUACAUCUUCUACAAGGUCGAGGUCCAAUUCGUUGACAAGACGCUGCCCAACGAUCCCGGGUUCACAAUGGAGCUGUCUAUGCAAAUGCGAUAUGACCAGAUGGCGAGGGCGGUGGGUCAGCACCUUAAUGUUGACCCUUACUUAAUACAGUUCUUCAAGUGUCAAAAUUACAAGGAUACCCCGGGAUUGGCUCUGAGAUACUCAUACGACGGAAUACUUAAAGAUUUGUUAGUGUACUGUAAACCAAAGUGCCCUAAGAAGUUGUUUUAUCAGAUAUUAUCAAUUAAAGUUAACGAAUUGGAUAACAAGAAACAGUUCAAAUGUUUAUGGGUUGGCCCUAACUACAAAGAAGAUAAAGAAUUAAUUUUAUAUCCAAACAAAGGAGGGAAAGUGUCAGAUAUUUUAGAAGAGGCAGCUAAAGUAGUAGAAAUGUCCCCUGACGGCUCAAAGAGGUUAAGGAUCGUGGAGGUGUCGUGUCACAAGGUGUUGCCGGGCCCCGACCCGGAGCUGACGCUGGACCAGGUCACCAUCACGCCGCCGCGGCUCUACAGAAUAGAGGAGGUGCCCAAAGACGAGGUCCAGUUGCAGGAGGACGAAGUGCUGGUGCCGUGCGCACACUUCUACAAGCAGGUGUACGCAACUUUCGGCAUCCCGUUCUACGCGCGCGUCAAGCACAACGAGCCCUUCCAGGCCGUCAAGGACCGCCUGCAGAAGAAGCUUGAUAUACCCGAUAAGGAGUGGGAAAAGUACCAUUUUGCUAUAGUGACAAAUGGCAGACCUAAUUACAUAAGUGAAGGAGCGACAAUAAACAUUUUCGACUUCAGGCCAAGUAGUAACGCAAAUAUGUCUCUACCAGACGCGACCGGCGGGCGGCCCUGGCUAGGGCUCGAACACAUCAACAAGACGCCCAAGCGCUCGCGCGUCAACUACCUCGAGAAGGCCAUCAAGAUAUACAACUGAGCAGCGGGCCCCAGCGAUAGUGACAGCGCAUAACACUCAUGGAUUACAGGACCGGGUCGCGAUUCGGCGCAGACUAAGCGUAACUCAACUCUUUAGCUGUUCAAUGUUGAUUCAUGUUUUACAGUCCAGCUGAUUCUAUAGACUUACACUUUUAGCGUUACUGUAAACCCCUUACUGAUAAACUUUGGCUGAGAUAGCUAGGUGUGCAGGAUUUUGUGUUAAAACGAGAUGCUGUAUACCUAGUUUUUCUUGUUAGAAGUAUAAUUUAGACAUUUAGCCAACGUAUUUUAAUUUGGCGACUGAUGUGCCAAGUACAUACUUGUUUCUCAUAUGGUAACUUUACAGCGUGAAUUUUCUCUUCGUGUACCUUUCAAAUUAACUUAAAAGUUGUCGAGUUAAAAUGCGUUGGCCAAUAAGAGGGUAUAUUUAUUCCAUUCGAUUGAAGUCUAGUCCGCGCGUCGAUUGAUACCGAGAGUUUGGCGUGAAAGGUCAUUAACAUAAGAAAUUCAUUACGUACUAUUUAAAUAAUUCUUUUUAGCAGGAAGGUAAUUGCGCAAUGAAUUUUAGAUAAUAUCGAUACGUGUAAUCCAUGAUUACCAUACUUAACUUAUUGUACGCUGUACGUACAGCCGGUGACCAAAAUAUCUAAGCAUGUUUUCUUAAUAGCAGUAAUUCUCGAUUAUCGGGUAUUUUUGUAGCUGACGGUACGUCGUCCUGGUGCAGUGUUGCUAUCGCACGACUUCAGACAUACAUAGCCUUAUAACUACACGUUAUUUACACCGCGAACACCAAUAUUGACUUCUUUUACCGUGCUUUCAUGUAGUGGAUCGUACCCAUGACAGAUCGUGCCACUUUAUCACUAGGGGACAAGGAUGACCGCCGGUUUAUUGUUGGAUAUAAAUUAAUUAAAUAUCGAUAUAUUAACGUCGUAAUUAGACAGUUUACAUUUUAUAUCAUCUCGUUCCUUAGAGAUCAUGUGCAGUGAGUGAACAUCUGGCCACAUAGUAGUCUGCUAGGGAACGUUCGAGUUUUAAUUUAUAAUGAUAGCCUACGUCUCGCUCGUAGUGAGCGAUAUUGAGACUAAAGGCGCCCAAACAACUCGUGGGUCGAUCAUUUUAACGACAUAACUUAGUAUUAUCCGCCGCGAUUCAUCUCGUAUAGCAUUUUUUAAUCUAUAAAACUAGUAAGUUUUGAUGGUCGGCUAUGUUGAUGAUGCGUCAGUAAUUCAGUAUGUUGUUUAUAUCGCCUUUUAGCAUUUCCAGUGUUGAUUCGUGUGGCCUCCCGGCUUUAGGAUUCCCUUACCAAAUUGCUGUCUUUUAUUUUUAUGUAAUAUUAGUGUGAAACCGUUCGCCGGUGCGAGGACUUGACAGCGCGCCUGCGGCCAGUUUCAGGUUUUUGGUGAUUCGGCAAAGUUAAACAUUUACUACAGAGUAUACAGCAUUAUUUAUAUACGAAUUUGUACGAUGAGAAAUAUAUUGUAAUGACUGUGUUUAAGAGUAUUUUAUAUAGUCGAAUGUGCCUGUGUUGUCGCUUGCUGGUGUAUGUGGCCUAUACGAUGCUAUAGAUGACGCGGUUGGCCCAGCGAGGGAAACAAAUAUAGAUUAAAACGAUAACAAAUAAAUUGAAAUUAAAACUAAGUGCGAUACAAUACGCUCAAGAGAUAUAAUUUUAUAGAUUGAUUGUUACUAUGAAUUGAUCGCAAUAAAAUUAAGACUUGCACGGAAAAUUGGAUUGUCAAGUUCUAAUUCUAACGAUAUUACAUAAAAUUGCAAGUUCAUAUAUCGUAGUUCCUCUGCACGUUGUCUAAAAGUAUCGUUGACUCAAUCUUGCACAUCAAAUUUUUUAGUAAGUUUGAUGUUUUAUAAGUUUUACAUGUUUUAUAAAAUAUGAAACUUGAUACAUAAUGAAUAGAGACAAUACGGAUAUGUUUAUUCUGCUUAUGAAAUACGAAAUUGGAUCUUAAGAUCUAGCUAUGGUAUCAAGACCCAAGAAGGUAUAAUAAAAUAUAGAAAGUUGGAAGAUUGAGAGGCCAAAAUAUGGUGUCAUGUAAUUUUAUAUUAAGUAAAAUGUUUCUUUGAAAAAUUGUCGCUAGUGAGCUUCGUACUAUCUUGCACGUUUCAUACUUUCGAUGUUGUCACUAUACAUUGUUCUCGCACACAAUCGUUUGUACCACUCUUACAUUACGCAUCAAGUUUCCUUGAAGUUAUAUUGUAAUUGUGAUAGUAAAUAUUAGUGACGCUUGUACAUAGCUACUACACAUAUUCGUAUCGUUAGUACAGAUCAUGUAGACUGCGCUUGUUACAUUUGUACCCGUAUUAAGAAACGACACUCAAACUUAAGCACGUAUUCGAGAUUGUAUUUCAAUUGUUUAACUCAUAAUGCUCGACGGUGUAAAACUUGAGUGUGGUUUCGUAAUACGGGCUUAGAGUUGAGCCGACGGCAGACGGCAACCAAACCAUGACCGUAGCGACGUAUUUUUUCAACUGCGAUGUCGCGCUUGAAUUUAAACUUAAAUUGUAUUUUCGUGUCAGUUAUUUACACAACAUUUUAUGGUGAAACUAAAUGUGUUCUAAUUGAUACUUAUUGGAUCGAAUUUCAAUCAUUUCACAUUUUCUAAAUAAAAAAAUUGUUGACACGUUAAAGUGGUCACUUGGUGUACUACCAGAUUGUACCUGGAUUUUGAACUUAUGCCGUCUGCCGUCGGAUUCAAUCUCACCUUUAUCUCUGAUCACGACAGCGCGACGGUCAAAGCAAUAAACGCCGCAGGUUCCUGUGUGCUCUUGCCUUUACUUAACGAAUAUUCUAAAAUCAAAUUCUCUGUGUAAUCCAUUUUAUAUAAAUUAUUGAAGUAUAUAGUUAUAGAAUAAAAUGUUUCAAUGAUUGUCGAAUUACCAAAACACGAGUGUAUAUUUGAGGCGAUUAUGAAGUUGCUGAUUCAAUUAUGUCGAUCAAUUGUGCGAGUUUUGUCGAUAAAAUUGUGGAAGAGAGCAGAGUUGAUCCGCGGCCUCGAGUGUACACUAGGUUAACUGCACAUAAUAGUUGUAAUUCACUAGCACCGUAUUGUUAAUUCUGGCUGAAAGCCCUGUCUACAUCCAAACAUGUAUAUGUUACUAUUUAAUUUUUUACUUGACCUGCCAGAGAAAUGUUACGUUAUUAAUAAAUGAUUAUGUCGAAAUUAUGUAUAUAUAUGAUGUAAUAAAUUAAGAAAAAAAAUACAAUAAGUUUUCGUAAAGAUG